CCUGCAUUUCCUUAAGCAAAGGCAAAUUUAGAAGCAAUUUCUUGAAGACAGUUUGCAUAGUAUCUGGAGGCCAACAGAAGCAGGAUGAAGCACUUCUUGCGGAUUUCUUCAAGCAAGAAUUGACUUUCGUUAGCACAUUCAAUGAAAUUGUUCAAAAAUAAGCCACUUUUCUCUUACUAUUCCAAAAGAAGAAAGACAUCAAAGUCCUAAAUUUAAGAUGAUGGAAUGAAUAGUGUUGCAAUACAGAAUGUUGAUCCAGGUGUGCCUGUAUUUUUACUGUAAAUUUUUGUGGCGUUGCCUGAAAUUUGUAAUGAGGAAGCUGACUGGGCGUUGUGAACUGCAGAGGAUCUGCUACAACACCAAGCCUGGAGCUUCUAGAACCAUGAAAAUAGAAACAUCCCUGAGGGAUUCAAAAAGUAAGCUGUUGCAGACUUCAGUGAGUGUUCACCCUGAUGCUAUUGAAAAAACUAUCGACGACAUCAUGGAACUGAAAAAAAUUAACCCGGAUAUCAAUCCACAGUUGGGAAUCUCUCUUCAGGCUUGCCUUCUGCAAAUUGUGGGUUACAGAAACCUUAUUGCAGAUGUGGAAAAACUACGCAGAGAGCCCUAUGAUUCUGAUAAUCCCCAACAUGAAGAAAUGCUCUUGAAGUUAUGGAAAUUUUUGAAGCCCAAUACUCCACUGGAAUCUCGGAUUUCUAAGCAAUGGUGUGAAAUUGGUUUCCAAGGUGAUGAUCCAAAAACAGAUUUUCGAGGAAUGGGACUUCUGGGACUGUACAAUUUGCAGUAUUUUGCUGAACAGGAUGCUGCAGCAGCUCAGCAGGUCCUCUCUGACUCCCUUCAUCCAAAAUGCAGGGAUAUCACUAAAGAGGAAAUAAGCAAAUUCAGCAAAACUGAAUGGGAGAAGAAAAGGAUGGAUAAAGCAAUUGGGUAUUCCUUUGCAAUUGUGGGCAUCAAUAUAACUGACCUGACAUAUAAUCUACUGGUUAGCGGAGCUCUAAAAACCCAUUUCUACAACAUCGCCCCAGAAGCUCCAACAUUGUCUCACUUCCAACAAACAUUCUGCUAUUUGAUGCAUGAAUUUCACAAGUUUUGGAUUGAAGAGGACCCCAUGGAUAUAAUGGAAUUUAAUCGUGUGCGGGAGAAGUUCCGCAAAAGAAUCAUAAAACAGCUGCAAAACCCAGACAUGGCCCUGUGCCCACAUUUUGCUGCCUCGGAAGGAUUAAUCAACAUGUAGUUGCCCAUACUGAUCAUAAUGGAUACCCUGGGACACUGCCUCAUUGUUGUGUUAGAUCUCUGCUUAGGUCACAGCUCACCCACUGAAUGAACACAGUGAUUAUAUGCAUGCCCUUUGGUAUAGUAUUUUCAUCUCUUGGUCAUAAUCCCAAGAUCCCCAGAUACCACUAUUUCUGAAGUAUCUGUUCUCCAAUGACUGCUCACAUUGUGGCAUUAUGCAGUGUUACAUCUUGCCUUCACACCCAGGUAUGGAGAAAGUUUUCUAUUUUUUUAAAUUUUUUUCCUCCUCCGCAUAAUUCAACAUUGAAGGUGUGCAUUUCUUAAUUUGUAUGUAAGAGGCUUAGCCAAAUCCUGUUCUGUGAAACCCUUUUCAUUUAUUGAUGUGUUUCAUGAUGACUGCUGCUAGCUUUUCAGACCAAGUUCAUGAUUGGUCCUCAUUCUGAUAAAGUUUAAAACCUUAAUGGAAUACAGACAGACACAUGAUAAGCCAAACUCUUCCUUCAAACAAAGCUGAGCACCUCAAAAAAAAAAAAAAAAAUGUAAUGAGGCUUGCAAAGAAGUAACUCCAGGUAGGAGCCAUUUUUGCGUGAAGUACUGUAGAACUGUAUUGUAACUUAAUCCUAGUUGCAGUAGUCUCAUAGUCAUCUGGAUAGCAAUUUAUUUUCUUCCCAUUAUUUUACUGGCUUGGAUGUCUAAAUAUUUUUAUGAUGCUUGUCACCUCAGAAAAGAAGAAACAUCUUUCAAAAAGCUGCAAAAGGUUUUCCACUGCCUGCCUUUUGCUGAACUCAGUUACUCCCUAGCAUUCUUCUGAUUCAAGCAUCUUUACUUGGGGAAUUGAGUGCUCACUGAUUUGUCUUCUGUGUUGACAGGCAAUAUUAAAAACGAAAACUAAGAAGCAAAUGUGUUGCAACACAUGAACCUAAGCUAUGUCACUGUGAAAAUUUUCUUGAAACUAAUGACUAUGUCUUGUAUCCGUGGAAAUAAGUUGCUUGAAAUUUAAAGAGUGCAUUCCAAAAUUGCUAAUAAUCAUUUCAAAAAUGUAAUUUAGUUUGGAAUUAUGAUUGUAGUCUGUUGAAUAGUAUUUACCAUGGUAUUUCAUAGCCAUGGUAUUUUAUACUUUCGGACUAUCAAUUUUAGUAUUAAUAGAUGUUUGUGUAAUCACUUGCUUAUUUAAAUGAAUUUUGAGUACUGCCUAUCUGUCGGUUAUAUGAAUAAAUUACAUGUCAUUCUACUGUAA